AGAAUACACGGAUUGGUUGUUGCCGUUUUUAAACCCCAUAUAGAGACAAUGCCUGAUGCAAUGAUCGAGCACUCGGUGCUGUUUUUGACUCUUCUAGUUUACAUAGCGCGAGGACAGGUCAGUUACUCUAUUCCAGAAGAAAUGGCAAAAGGAUCGAUAGUGGGAAACAUCGCGCAGGAUUUGGGCUUGGAUUUACAACGACUGAAGUCUGGAAAAGCACGAAUUUUUUCAAGAGACAGCACGGAAUACAUCGAACUGAAUAGAAACACGGGAUUGCUGCUCAUUAAAGAGAAAAUGGAUCGCGAGUCUCUUUGUGCAAAAACAACACCGUGUGCUUUACAUCUUCAAAUGAUUUUGGAUAACCCGAUGGAAUUAUACACGAUAACAGUCGAAAUCACUGAUAUUAAUGAUAACGCUCCCAGUUUCCAGAAAAAAGACUUUAAAUUUGAGAUCAGCGAAUCGGCGAUGGUAGGAGCUAGUUUUAUGCUCGGAAAAGCUUUUGAUCCGGAUGUAGGAACAAAUUCGCUUCAAAGCUACUCGCUCAAACCGACCGAUAAAUUUCGGCUUGAAUUGCACAGUCAAGCAGACGGUAGUAAAAACGUCGAGAUGAUUUUACAAAAAGCACUUGACAGAGAAACACAAAGCUCGUUUACUCUGCUGUUAGAAGCGUUUGAUGGAGGUGACCCAGUGCUUUCGGGUACUGUACAGAUACAUGUUACUGUAUUAGAUAUUAAUGAUAACGCGCCUGUAUUUAUGCAGAAGGAAUAUAAAGCAACAGCAACAGAAGAGGCACCAAAAGGUAGCAUAUUAACAGUCGUGAGCGCAACUGAUACAGAUGAAGGGUCCAACAGUGAAGUGACCUACUACAUGUCGGACACAAUGGACAGUAAUAUGGCCGAUUUGUUUCUUGUUAACGAACAAACUGGCGAACUAAUAUUAAAUGGUCACUUUGACUAUGAAAAAGUGAGCCACUAUGAAUUUACGAUUCAUGCAAAAGAUCAAGGAGGACUCUCUAACGCAUGCAAAGUAAUUAUUGAUGUGCUGGACGUUAAUGAUAAUUCUCCAAGUAUCAAUAUUCUGUCUAGUUCCCAUUCAGUAUCCGAAGGAGCCAAAUCUGGUACUGUAGUAGCAAUGCUAAAUGUUGAUGAUCUUGAUUCGGGUGCCAAUGGUCAUGUUCAGUGUGUGAUGAGUGAGGAGAUCCCUUUUGUCAUAAAGUCUCAAUCUAGCAAUUUCUUCAGCUUGCAAACAGAGCAGGAGCUGGACAGAGAACGAGAAACUGAGUAUAAUAUCAAUGUAAUAUGUAGUGAUGAGGGAGUACCUGCGCUCUCCAGCAGUGUCACUCUCCGUGUGCAGAUAUCAGAUGUGAAUGAUAAUGCUCCUGUCUUUGAGAAAAGUAACUAUGAGGCCUUUGUAGUGGAGAAUAACACACCUGGUCUCUCUAUAUUUACAGUCAAAGCCAGUGAUGCUGACUGGAAUCAGAAUGCUCGUGUUUCUUAUAUUCUAGAAGACAGCACUGUUAAUGGAGUCUCGGUCUCAUCAUAUGUGUCAGUGCACCCGGACAGCGGACUGAUUACAGCUGUGCGCUCUUUUGACUAUGAGACACUGAAAGAUUUCCACUUCCGCGUAAAAGCGCAGGACGGAGGCUCUCCUCCGCUCAGUUGUAACGUGACAGUGAAAAUUACUGUUCAAGACCAGAAUGACAACGCUCCUCAGGUUCUGUAUCCAGUACAGACUGGCGCUUCAGUGGUGGCUGAGAUUGUGCCUCGUGCUGCAGAUGUGGGAUAUCUGGUCACUAAAGUGGUGGCUGUUGAUGUGGACUCUGGUCAGAAUGCCUGGCUCUCCUAUAAACUCCAGAAAGCUCCAGACAGAGCGCUGUUUGAAGUGGGUUUACAGAAUGGAGAAAUAAGAACUGUGCGACAAGUGACUGAUAAAGAUGCUGUCAAACAAAAACUCACUGUUGUUGUGGAGGAUAACGGACAGCCCUCGCGCUCAGCUGUGGUCUCCAUUAACGUGGCUGUGGCUGACAGCUUUCCUGAAGUGCUGUCAGAGUUCACAGACUCUACGCAUGAGAAACAAUAUAACGACAGCUUAACUUUUUAUUUAGUUCUGGCUCUGGCCGCUGUUUCUUUCCUAUUCAUCACUUGUGUGGUUGUGAUAAUAUCAGUUAAAAUCUACAGAUGGAGACAAUCUCGCUUCCUCUAUCAGUCCAAUCUGCCUGUUAUUCCGUACUAUCCACCGCAUUACGCAGACACAGGAGUCACUGGAACUCUGCCGCACGGCUAUAAUUAUGAAGUGUGCAUGACGACUGACUCGAGGAAGAGUGACUGUAAGUUUUCUACACUCGGGGGUCAGAGUGUUUUAGUGGUGGACCCCAGUUUCGCAGAAACUAUGAAGCACACAAUAAAGAAAAAUAGCUCCAUUGACGAUCUGCGGUCUACAGAAUCGGUAAGAAAAUAA